AUGGGGAGAGUGUACAUUCCAGGAAAAACCGUGACUGGAGUCGAUGCCGGCCGAAACAUGAAAUCCAUUCUGAAUAACCGUUUCAGGGGAAGCAAAGUCCGCGGCGAUCGCGUGCUGGACUUUGAUAUGGCCAAUAGGCAGCUCACAGACAAGGGGUUUCUCGAAUUCAUCAAGGAUCUACAGAAUGUCAUAAAGGGUGAAGAUAAAGACUCCCCAGGUGUUGUCAAGCUACAGGAACUACACCUCCAGGGCAACAAACUAACUGUUCGAUUUCUUUCUAUGCUCGGAUACGUGAUUGCGCUGAGUUGUCGAGACCUGAAGGAAAUUGACCUAUCGAACAACGAAAUAAGAAUCGUCUACUCCCAAGAGAUGCGUAUAUGGGAAGAUUUCUUGAAAUGCUUCAGCCAAUGCUGCGUUUUGAAAAAAGUGAACUUUGGAAACAACCCCCUUGGCGCGAGAGGCGUAGAGGGUAUUUGCCGUGUUUUCAUCCAAAGCGAGUUGGACUUUAUCAAGAUAACCGCAACCCCUGAUGAAGGGACAACAUCCAACGCUACUGGAACUUCCUCAACAGACACCGGAGCCCAAAGCCCAUGUCCUGAGAAGAAGCUCCAUCAGCUGAAAGGAACAAAGCCUUCAUCCUCCAAGCCCCCCGCUGACACAGAUAUCGAACGUUAUUCUUGCACUCGGGGUCUGCAGUCAGUCCCUUACAUAAUCAUCUCCAACGUGGACAUGGAAAACGUAAGCAUUGUUCAUUUGUCCGAAAUGCUCAAAAUGCGUCGUACCCCGGAACAAUUACUAGCUUUUCUUCCUGGGGGGAAAUCUCUCAGUCUCCCUGAUCCAAAUGACAGCUUCAAAGGAAUCUAUUGGCUUCCGAAUGAGAGAGUACACCAAGACGCCAGACGGGUAAUUGACAAAAUCGCCCAAAUGGAUGACGAGAGCGACGAUGAGGUUGAUGAAACCAUUGAGGGUUUGACAUUGGAAGACAACGAAGACUAUCAAAGCCUCUUGGAACGUCGACAAGCGCGCAAGAAGAAAAAGGAGAAUCUCGAGCGGUCGGAAAGCCAAUACAGAAUUAGAGUAUUGACCGCGGAUGAUGGUCUCAAACACUCCGACCUCUGGCUUUCCUCGUUGCAGAUGCUGAAACUUGCUCGAGCAAUUAUGCUAGAUGACGGAAACCGUCCGACACUGACAGAAGCACAAUUACAAGUAUCGAGAAAACGGAUGGCUGCGCAACACGGGGGAAUUGUCGAAAUACCCCGGGCUAGGUAUGACCCAUAUGAGGCUCGUCAUCCACCCGCCCCUCCAGGCGUAAUGAUUUCGAGUUUGCGGUUCGAUCCAGAAUCGUCCACAUUCGAUUUCAUGUUUCCUGCAAUUCAUUUACCUUCUUCGAAUCCUGUGCCGCAGCUCUAUCCGCCGGAUAUCAGCCGCGUGUUACCUACUUAUCCGUUACCUCCAGCCUAUCCCAGCAAUCCUCCAGCUAAGAAGCCUCCUAAUCAACUAGAGAACAAGGAUAAGGCUAGCGCUGGCUCAAAUGGCUCGGCUGCUCAUCCUUUACCUAAAGUCUUCGCCGACAAGCGAUACCGUUCCAAGUAUCGUUUCGGCCUUCCAUUGCAUAUUUGGCGGAGAAUAAUUGAUGAUGCGGGGGACUUUGCUAUCAUUCCUCGGGGCCAUCAAGAAAAAAUCGUGGACUAUGCUGGAGACUGGCAUGGCCUUGAAGAGCAGAUCAAGGUGAAUGGCGCAACCGAGGGUGAACAGAUAUGGAGGCUUCUUGAGAAUAUGAAGUGUUUCACCUAUACUCCUGUUCAGUGA